AUGCGCCCCACCACAAUUCUCCUCAUCACCACCAGUCUUUUCCACUCCACCGAGGCCUUCAGGUGCGCCAUCGGCCAGUACGGGCUAUGCACGUUCCGCAAGGCGCCGGGCGAGGAGCGGACGCGCUGUGCCAUCGCCUGCAACAUCCGAGGUCUCACGUCUGAGUGCAUCUGCCCGGAAAACUUUCCCAACAGAAGAAACUGGGUAUACGUCGGGAAUAACGACUGCAUCAGCCAGACCCAGUUCGCGAUCCGCUCCCAAUGCCAGAACGCCGAUCCGGAUAGGGAUAGAUUUCUGAGGCCGUCAGGGUCGCAAUCAGAACAGUAG